AUGUUUCAUAAAGGUGUUAUUGAUGUUAUAACAGUUUUUGUUAUGUUUGCUACAUCACGUAUUCAAAAAUAUAAUGUAUUUGAUGAUUUUUUUCUUAGAAAUAAUUUUAUUGCCUAUAUUCUUUAUUUUACAAGUGGUGGAUGUUUCUGUAUAAUGUUUGAAAUAGCAUUCUUAGUUAGUGUAAAUAGAUAUAUUGCUCUUUGUUAUCCAAUGAAAUAUAAAGACUACUUUUCAUUUAGAAAUAUUACUUUAUAUAUUACAGUAAUGACAUUAAUAGGAUUUUCUAUAGGAAUUGUUUGUAUAACUUACACUAUUAAAUAUGUAUGGCUUCCGGAAGUUGGAAGACAGUAG